UUUUUAAAAAAUGAAAACAACUUGUAAUUGAUGAUCACAAUUCCCGGGAAAUUUGAGCUGUAAAGUUUUUAAAUGUCAAUUUUGUUUGUUUGUCAUCAUCAUCAUUCAUAAGGUUAUUGCAUCGUUAAUCCAAUAGUUUUUACUACAAAAUUGAUUUUUCGUGUUUUUUUUCUUGGCCAUGAAUUUCAUUUGAAUAUGUUCAAAAGAUAAUAUCGUCAGAUGAUAAGAUAACAUUGUGUGUGUGUGUGUUUCACAUGGACAUGUGUGUUACAGAUACGAAAAUAAACGAAUAUAUAAUAUAUGAUUGUCAUUGAUGAUGGAAUAUGACACGAAAUUCCUCGAUUCCAUCGUACACAAUUGUCAUUUAUAUGAAAAUGAUUAAUAUGAAUUGCUUGAACCAAAAGAUAGAGAGAAAGAAUGAAAAUCAUACAUGCAAAUAAUUUUGUGUAAACAAACACCUUCACAACGACGUCAACAAAGACUAAACAAUUUCAUUUUUUUUUCCAGAAUUAUCAUUUCAGUGAUCAUUUGUCUUUGUUGUUGUCGUCGUCAUUUGUUAAAAUUUUUUUUUCAGCCACCACCACACAACAUAAUGAUAAAUUCAAUAAAAUUGAAUGGUCUAAAUGUUGAAGAUCAGCUACCACCAACGUUACCGACAUCAUUACAUCAAUCAAUCAAUUCGAAUAAUUAUAAUCGAACAUCAGUUAGACACAAUAAAUUGGCGGAAUUAUUACGUCGUUCUACUAGUAAUCAAUUACAAUGUUCAAUGUUUUGUGGUGGCCGUCGCUGUAAAUAUGAUAACCGGGAUGUGUGGCCAAUAAAUGAUCGUGCUAUUGAACCAUUGUAUUCACAUUGGAUAACGGACAAUAUAUUGGCAAUGGCACGGCCAAAUUCAGAUAUGAUUCACAAUGAUAAUCUUAUUGAACUGUUUCAUCAAAAUGGAAUUCGUACCGUUAUCAAUCUACAGGAACCAGGUGAACAUGCAAACUGUGGACCGCAAUUAGAACCGGAAAGUGGUUUUACAUAUGAUCCAAAAAUAUUUAUGGAUAAUAAUAUAUAUUUCUAUAAUUAUAAAUGGAAAGAUUUCCUCGAUAUCAGUGAAGAAUCAUUGACCGAUAUGGUCAAAGUGCUGACAUUUUCCCUAUAUCAAGGUCGUGUAGCUAUACAUUGUCAUGCUGGCCUAGGAAGAACCGGAACAUUGAUAGCCGGAUUUCUUAUCUAUACAUUUCGUUGUCGACCUAUAGAUGCAAUAAAUUUUGUUCGAUCACGACGACCACAUUCGAUUCAAUCACGUAGUCAGAUAACUAAAUUGUUUAAAUUUGCCAAUUAUAUUGCACCCUGUUUUAUUGUUUAUAAUAAUGUAACUGCAUCGAUACAAUUCACACAGAAUACAUUGGAAGAAUUUCUUCGACGACAAAAUCGUCUAUUACAUGGACAGGAAUUACGAAUAUUACGUUAUAUACCGAAAAUUGUGUUUAUUAUUUGUGAAAAACUUCUUCAGCUUACAAUAACAACAUCGGCAGAGGAUAAUAAAAUAAAUCGAAUCGAUUCGAAAGAAGAAUGGGAAAAUUUCACCAAUAAUUAUCUAAGUCAUCCACAAAAAUCUUUAUUAGAAAUUGAUUGCGAUAAAAUAAUGACUAUGGGUGAUCCAAAUAAUGGCACCAAAAAGAAAAGUCCAAAAGAACGACGAUCAAGAGCACAAAGUGAAUCAUCAUCAACAACAAUGACAUCACGACUUCGAACAGAAGAAUCAAUGGAUGAACAACGUUUAAUUGAUGCAUUAACCGAUAGUGUUACAACUACUGCCCGUAUACAGAUGACAGAUUUGGAACGAAACAUUAAUGAUUCAAUUCAUAUGGACGAAUCGAAAUUACUUGCCGAACAUCGUGCUAGCUUAAUAUUUGACUCAGAUUUAUUUCAUUCAUCAUCAUUUGAUAAUACAAAUGAUGAUUCAAUGAGAAUAUCACGACAAAUGAUAAUUGAAACGUUGAUUGAACAACCAAAAAAUAAUGAUCGUCAAUGGAUGAAGAAAAUUUUCGAUUAUCAACGUGAAAUUAACAAUAAACCAAGUGGCUGGAAUCGAUUACGAUCGGAAACAGAUUUGGAAAUAUUAUGUUCAUUAUUAAUGACUUGGUUGGAAAAUUUUGAUGUUCCAAUAUUGAACAAUAGAAUUAUUGUUCAAUUGAAUAAUCGAAAGAUGGCAAAACAAAAAUUUCUUGAUAGUUUUCAUUCAAUCAAUAUCGGCACACGAUAUACUUUGGAAUAUUUGGCACGUUUUCUUAUUAAAUUAUCAUCAUCACCAUUUGAUAUGGAUAAUUCACGGUUGGUAGCUCGAUUUGUUGCUAGUUUGGCAAUGAGAAAAAUUCGUUUUACACCAACAGAAAUAUUACCACAUGAUGCUAAACGUACAUGGCCAUUCAUUGAUUGUCGUAGUCAAAUUUUAUUGGAUUAUUUCAAUGAAUUAAUCCGAAUGAUUAUUAUUCAUGAUCGUAAUUUAUUCAAUGAUAAUAAUUAGAAA